GUGACAGCACAACCGAAUCAGCUCCUCCUCGCAUCGAAAACCUUUCGCAAAGUGGUGUGUGUCCCCUGCGUGAGCAUUAAUUUUGUAUUUUAUUCUUUAAUUUUGCUACAAAUCUACUCCCUUUUCCCUUCGUUUGCCGGCCGACAACUUUAACUUGCGCUGGUCGUAUCGAGGCGGACACCGAGCGGAAGGGGGAGCAGCAGCACCACCGAGUGCCACGCCACCCGGCGUGUGGAGGCCUCUUCCGUGGCCAACAAGGGGGGCGUGGGUCCUACGUCCGCCACGGCCACCAUGGCAACGAGCGAUGGUAAUGCGGCCAGCAGCGGCAGCAGCAACACCUUCGACGACUUCAUUUCCCAGUUCAAUGCACGGGUGCAGAUACAGCAGCAAUUGCAAUACCUCCGGACGCAUCAUACCACCAACAACAACAACGACCACCACCAGCAGCAACAGGGGCAACCGGCAACGUUCCAGUAUUAUGGCUUUACCUCCAAUCUGACCCCAACGGCGGCGGAGUUUGUCCCCCGUAAGUACCAGACCGAAGCGAACGAUGGAAAUGGUGGUGGUGCACCUCCACAAACGAUGGUUUCGAUGGCAACCACGAUGCCUGCUGGUUCCGUCAGACCGGCUGCUGUUGCUGACAAUGAGGAUGAUUAUGAUGGAGACGAUCGGGAAAAUAUACACCGCGCUGGAUUGUCGAAUCACUACGGCGGAGGUGGAGGAACUGGAGCAGGUGGUGGUGCAGGAGGAAGCAGAUCGUCCGGCGGUGGACGUCCGCGGCGCAACGAAAGCCUUAAGCCACGCAACGGGUGGCACACGCGGGACGAUCGGCCCGUCGCACGGCAGGGAAAGUGGAAAGCCAACCAGCAGACGGCCGGCAGUGGUCGGUUCCGGCCGCACGAUGACGAUUAUGCCGCGGGUGAUGUUCCACCCAGAAAUGGAGAGACGAGCUCCCGCCGCAAUGGGCAGCGCCAGUGGGGCAACCGUACGAUUCAGCCCGAUCCGGACGAAAGGCGCACGAACGGCCAGUCGAAGGGUGCCGGUGCCGCUCCGCAACCGGAAUCCCCGUCGGCCACACCGCUCUCCAAGUGCUCCCAGCGCGAGAAGCUGAUGCGCGAAAUCGAAUGCUACCGGCUGGAGUGUCUGGUGUGCUGCGAAAUCGUGAAGCCAAUGCAGUCGACCUGGUCCUGCGGCAACUGUUACCACAUCCUGCACCUCGGGUGCGUUACCAAGUGGGCGACCAGCUCCCAGUCGGAGGAUGGUUCCGGGUGGCGCUGUCCCGCCUGCCAGCACGUGUCGAAGAAGGUGCCGCGUGAAUACUUUUGCUUCUGCGGCAAGCAGAAAAACCCGGCCUACAAUCGGGAAGACUUGGCGCACUCGUGCGGGGAAGUGUGCGGCCGGCGGGACGUUUGCGAGCAUGCCUGCACGCUGCUGUGCCAUCCCGGCCCGUGCCCACCGUGCCAGGCGUCGGUGCAGCGCCGGUGCGGCUGUGGCCGGUUGGAAAAAACGGUCCAGUGCUGCCAGAAGGAGGAGCUGCUGUGUGAGGCGGUGUGUGAGAAGCCGCUAAACUGUGGGCUGCAUCGGUGCGGCCGGCAGUGUCACGCUGGGAGCUGCGACACGUGCACGGAGCAGGUCCAGCACAGCUGCCACUGUGGCAAGGGUGAGCGGUCGGUGGUGUGCAGCGUGGAAAACCUGGCCGUCCAGCGGUACGGGUGCGGGAAGGCGUGCGAACGUCCGCUCGGCUGCGGCAACCAUCGGUGCGCCCGGCUGUGCCACGAGGGCGAGUGUGAGGCGUGUGCGGACGCGCCGGACCGGGUACGGAGCUGUCCGUGCGGGCGGGAGCCGAUCGUGCCGGGCAGUCGCCAAUCGUGCCUCGACCCCGUGCCGACCUGCAGUGGGCCGUGCGGGCGGAAGCUGGCGUGCGGUCCGCCGGGCGCUAACCACUGCUGCGAGGCGGCGUGCCACCGGGGCGCCUGCCCGCCGUGCAAAAAGUCCACCACGGUCAAGUGCCGGUGCGGCGGCAUGGAUCAGCCGAUGCGGUGCAAAGAGCUGACGACGCGCGCCGACGAUGCGCGGUGCAAGAAGCGGUGCGUGCGGCGGCGCAGCUGCGCCAAGCACAAGUGCAACCAGGUGUGCUGCAUCGAUCUCGAUCACAUCUGUCCGAAGACGUGCUCGCUGCCGCUGUCCUGCGGCCGGCACCGGUGCGACAAGCCCUGCCACAAGGGCAACUGCCGGCCGUGCCAUCGCGUGUCGUUCGACGAGCUAGCGUGCGACUGUGGCGCGAACGUGAUCUAUCCGCCGGUACCGUGCGGGACGCGCAAGCCGGCCUGCGAUCGGCCGUGCGGCCGGAGGCACGCGUGCGACCAUCCGGCGUUGCACAACUGUCACGCGGAGGCGGAGUGUCCGCCGUGCGUGGUGCUGACGACGAAGUACUGCCAUGGUAGGCACGAGCAGCGUAAAACGAUCCCGUGCUACCAGGAAUCGUUCAGCUGCGGGAUGCCGUGCGCAAAGCCGCUUGCCUGCGGCCGGCACAAGUGUAUCCGGGCGUGCCACGAGGAUGAGUGUGCGCAGGACGGUGCGGCCGGUGUGUGCAAGCAGAGCUGUACGCGGACGCGCGAAGCCUGUCCGCAUCCGUGCAAUGCGCCGUGCCACGAGGGCGAGUGUCCGGACGUGGCGUGCAAGAUUGUGGUGGAGGUCACGUGCGAGUGUGGCAAUCGCAAGCAGCAGCGCACGUGUCACGAUUUCUCCAAAGAGUACCGGCGCAUAGCAACCGCCCAGCUUGCCUCGUCCGUGCAGGAGAUGCAGCGCGGCGGCUCGGUGGAGCUGAGCGACAUUCUGGGCCCGGUGCGACCGAAGAACAACAAAACACUAGAAUGCAACGAAGAAUGCCGAAUGCUGGAGCGCAACCGCCGGCUGGCGAUAGCGCUGCAGAUACGCAAUCCCGACCUGCCGUCCAAGCUGCAGCCGAACUACUCGGAAACGUUGCGCGCGUACGCGAAGAAGGACCCGGCCCUGGUGCAGAUGAUACACGACAAGCUGACCGAGCUGGUGAAGCUGGCGAAGGAGAGCAAGCAAAAGUCCCGCUCCUACUCGUUCCCGGUGAUGAACCGCGAGAAGCGUGCGAUCGUGCACGAAAUGUGUCACAUGUUCGGGGUGGAAUCGGUCGCGUACGAUGCGGAACCGAAUCGGAACGUCGUCGCGACGGCGGAUCGCUUUACGUCCUGGCUGCCGAGCAUGAGCCUGAUGGAGGUGCUGCAGCGUGAGAACGGGCAGCGCCGGAUCGUGGUGCCGAGCUUAAAUGCAUGGGGCAAAACGACCUUGACCGGUGCGGCCGCAAGCUCGAGCAGCAAAUGAGAUGGCGCAGGGUGGGAUGAAAAUGGAAAAAAUUAUUAUUUUUUCUUUCUUUUUUUAUUUUGUUAAGAAAAGCCCAGUGUCGACAGGAAUUGUGUUUUUUUUAGUUUUUAAAGUGUUUUGUUUUUGCUACUUUUCUUUCCUUCAAACCAUCGUGCGAAUCCGACUCUCCCUUGAGGGAGAAGCGGUUUGAUUCUGUUUGUUUGAAAAGCUGUGUAAUUAAAUUGUAUUUAUUAAAUUGCAAUAAACCGAAAAGUGAGCCCAACGAGAAA